GAAUAAUACUGAAAUCGAACCGACCGUAAAUAAUCGUUUUCGAUUUGACAGCAGUUCCGGUUCACAUCCGAACCGCCGGUCAUCGGCGGUUCGAUCUCAGUUGGGCAAGUCUAGACUACAAACGGUAAACCCUAAAAAUCCACGUAUAUUCAAAACCCCUAAUUUCGCCGAUUUCCGUUCGCCGCUCGUAGGGACUUCACCUUCUUCGAAGAUCGAUUCUCCGGCGGCCGCUGCCUGUUUAGGAAGCAGCAGCAAUGGAGGAAGAUAAUGGUUCCAGCAACCGUGUGAUAUGCCAGUUGACGGACUCUGAAGGGACCCCCCUAGGGGCUCCGAUUUUUCUCUCGGAAAGCACUGGCCCUAAGGAGCUUCAGCAACUGGUCAAUAAGCUCCUCAACAAUGAUGAAAAAUUGCCAUAUGCAUUCUACGUAGCAGAUCAUGAACUUGUUGUGCAGCUUGGGCAAUACCUUCAGAAGAAUAAAAUUUCGGUGGAGAAGGUAAUCACUAUAGUUUACCAGCCCCAGGCAGUGUUUCGUAUACGCCCAGUGACUCGUUGUUCUUCCACCAUUGCUGGUCACACAGAGGCUGUACUUUCAGUUGCCUUCAGUCCAGAUAGCAGCCACUUGGCUAGUGGAUCGGGCGACACAACUGUUCGUUUUUGGGACUUAAACACACAAACUCCUUUGUUUACUUGUAAAGGACACAAAAAUUGGGUUCUUUGCAUUGCGUGGUCACCAGAUGGAAAAUAUCUCGUCAGUGGAAGCAAAGCAGGAGAGCUCAUAUGCUGGGACCCACAGACUGGGAAACCAUCAGGCAACCCACUUACUGGGCACAAAAAAUGGAUAACUGGAAUUUCAUGGGAGCCAGUGCAUCUGAAUGCUCCGUGCCGCCGCUUUGUUAGUGCAAGUAAAGAUGGUGAUGCAAGGGUAUGGGAUGUUUCGUUGAGAAGAUGCGUUAUUUGUCUUACCGGACACACACUUGCUAUAACCUGUGUAAAAUGGGGUGGAGAUGGAGUGAUAUAUACUGGAUCUCAGGAUUGUACAAUUAAGAUGUGGGAAACUUCGCAAGGAAAGCUAAUACGUGAAUUGAAGGGUCAUGGGCAUUGGGUAAAUUCAUUGGCAUUGAGUACUGAAUACGUCCUCCGGACUGGUGCCUUUGAUCACACCAGUAAGAAAUAUUCGUCACCAGAGGAAAUGAAGAAGGUAGCUUUAGAAAGAUACAAUAAGAUGAAGGGCAGUGCUCCAGAAAGAUUAGUCUCAGGUUCAGACGAUUUUACAAUGUUCCUAUGGGAACCAUCUGUCAGCAAACACCCCAAAACCCGUAUGACCGGACAUCAACAGCUUGUUAAUCAUGUGUACUUUUCACCCGAUGGGCUAUGGAUCGCAAGUGCCUCCUUCGACAAGUCGGUCAAAUUGUGGAACGGAAUCACUGGAAGUUUUGUGGCUGCCUUCCGUGGACAUGUUGGCCCUGUAUACCAAAUAAGCUGGUCAGCUGACAGUAGGCUUCUUUUGAGUGGAAGCAAAGACUCAACGUUAAAGGUAUGGGAUAUUCGUACCCACAAGUUGAAACAAGAUCUUCCAGGGCAUGCCGAUGAGGUCUUUGCAGUGGACUGGAGUCCAGAUGGUGAGAAAGUAGCAUCUGGUGGGAGGGACAAAGUUUUGAAAUUAUGGAUGGGGUGACAUCUUUAAGGUUAGUUUUUAAAAGUUUUGAAGAAUUAUUUUUGAGUUUCGACGAACAUAUAUAUAUAUAUAUAGUGUAUUUAUUUUGGAA